UACUCAAUUUUCUUUUUCAGGUUAUGUUUAUGUUAUAUCUGUAUUAUUUUCAGUUUUCGCUUUUCUUAUCAUUUCUACAUUUUAAAUUAUUUGACAUUAAAAUUCAUUUUUGAGUAGAAGUUGAUGUGGAAUAUUUAAUGAAUAUAAGUUAAUAACUAUUAUUUAGUAAGCUGACAAGUAAAAUAAAAUCACUUGCAAAAUGUAUGGUUUUAUAAUUUAAAUCUGACACUUAUAAUAAGCCUAGCCUAUAACUAAGGUACGAUGGGAGUUCGUGGUCUCACAACAUUCAUGGCUAAAAAUGAGGAGCUUAUGGAAAAAUAUAAGCUGCACGAUACGUUCGUUAUUAUCGAUGGAAACAGUUUAUCAUGUCAACUAUUCACCAAGUAUGCCAAUAGCGAAUGUUUUGCUUUUGGAGGUGACUAUGACAGAUUCGCGCAACAUGUUAAAGAUUUUUUCCUAAUGUUUUCCAAGUGCAAUGUGAAGUCAGUUGUAGUCUUUGAUGGUGGAUGUGAGGAGAAAAAAUUGGAAACGAUUUUAAAAAGGGCAAAAGAAAAAACGGUUCAGCUGGAAAACAUUUUGCCCGCUUCUAGCUUACCUUCAGCCGUGUUUCCAUACCUCAUGAGGCGUGUAUUCAGAGAAGUGUUAUUGGAAAUUGGUGUGCCAAUGGUUCAAUGUGACUUCGAAGCCGACCAGGAGAUAGCUGCGUUGGGCAUCAAGUACAACUGCCCCAUCCUCAGUUAUGACUCCGAUUUCUUCAUUUCUGGUGCCAAGUACAUACCGAUACCCACAAUUGAACACGAAGCUCGAACAAGCGCAUCCAACCAGUUUUUCAUUUACUGCGAGAUUUUCAGAGUUGAAAAUCUACUAAAAAGAUAUCGAGGACUGGAAAUGUCUAUGUUACCUCUUCUAUCAGCACUGGCUGGAAAUGACUAUGUGGAAACUCAUCAAUUUGAGAAAUUCUAUUCGCAACUGGGUAUAGGACAACGUUUCCCAGCACAUAUGAGAGUUGAUAGCGUGCUUCAUUGGCUCAGGAGGGUCGGUGAUUUCGAUUCUGCUCGACGAAAGAUUCUCAGAACUAUAGGAGCGAAUGAUCAAAGCUUCGUUUCAAAGAAAAUAGAAGAAACUAUAGAGAGUUGCAACUGUAAAAACCUAACAGUGGAAAGUUAUCUGCCUUCGAUAAGUAUUGGACAUUCAUCAAAACCUGAUCUUUGUAACCUGGGAACAAACCAAGAGCAAGGAAAUGUACAGACGAUAUCUCAGGUGGAAUCUGCUAUCAAAUUUCCCGAUUGGCUGUUGAAUAGUUGCAGAAAAGGGUUGAUCAACAGCACGGUAAUUGAAAUCUUCACUUUGAAAACAUGUAUCUCAAAUCCUCAGGUCGAAGAUUUCUCUCUCACACCCUGUCAUGAAGUGAGUAUUCCAUUGAUUAUGGCUCUUAUUAGAAUCAUUCAUGGUGAAGGAAAAGUGACUGUUGACUACUGGGGAAGACUCAACAAAACUUCAUAUGCAAAAUAUCGCUUACAAUCAUCAAACAUUGCUUAUCCCAAUUUAGAAAAUUCACUUGAACUUUCUAUAGAGAAUAAAACUAGUAUGUUUUUGAAACUACUAAAUGUCCCUGCUGACUUUUGCGUUGAUAUUUUUCCGGAUGAGUGGAAACUGUACCUGUGCACAAUCAUCUAUUGGAUGAAGAAAACUACCGUUCCUUUGAUUACUGAUGCUCAUGUCAUGUCAUUAGUUCUAUGUAUGAUAGCUCUCAAUAUCAUAGAUGGAAAGCUAGGGUUUGUACGUGAAGUGAGCCAAUUCCUCAAAAGCUAUCGUAAUAAGUUGCCUUCUAUCAGCCCUUUGACAUCUCAUCGUGAUUUGAAGGAUUUAUUACUUCAAAUCGACGAAAAUGACUGCAUUUUGUGUUUCGAUUCUUUUUUAAAAUUCCAGCAUUUGAACCAAAAUUUAAUUUCAAACCCGGCAUUAUUCUCUCGUUCAAUUAUCCAUGCUUUUGCACAAUUACAAAGCUGCUUACAUUAUUCCAUGACAAUCAAUUCCAUUAUGAAUUUUCCGUUCAAGCAAUGCGUAGUUCAUAAACUGUUUUCGGGCACAUUCAUUUAUAAUGUUUAUUCAGCAAUUAUCAGCCAUGAAAAUGCCAAAGAAGUUCCAAAAAAGUUGCUUUGUAAAUCGCCAAAACUAUUUAAGGUGUACAGAACACUAGUUUCGGCGAUAUGUAGGCCUACACCUACUACUGCAUCAUCGACGGCUACUCACCAUAAACGAUCUAAAACAGAAGAACGUUGACUUGAAUAAUGCUAAACUAUGGUAGCUUGAAACAGUAUCAAAUACAUUUACAUAGUUUUUACUUACUAAUUAUUUGUAAUUAUUAACUCGAGGAUUUGUCCCAUUGUUUGGAUUUACUUGGAAAUAAUUCACAAAAAUAAGACGAAAUACGAAACCUUAAAAUUUGACAAAAAUUACUUGAACCCUCUUGGAAUGGUGUAUUCCAUCAUUCAUCAUUAUAUUCUUGGAAUGAGCAAAUGAUUUUCAUUCUAUUUUCUAUUUGUUACAAUUGAACAUGAAUUAGUUUCAUAAGAAUGAAGUUGCAUGUAAUAGUUUUCAACAGUGGGAAAUAAUCUUAAGAAUAAGAAAAAAUGUAGAUUCAAAAUCUAGCAAGGUCAACUUAAGCUCUAUAGAAUUCUAAAUCUUCAUUACAUUCUUGAAAUGAUUUCUAUUUUAUUCUCUAUCAUCUAUUACAGUCGAGUAGACAAUCAUAUUAUA